UUUAAGUGAUGGCCUAAGCAUUAAUCUGUAGAUCUUAAAAGAAUGGGAUAUUGUUUUAUGACCAAACCUGCUUUAAGCUUCUUCACGACUGUAUCCCCGCCGAGCCGUACGUGUUCGUUGGCGUCCAUGAUGAUGUUUGUUCACUGAUGUUCUCUAACAAACCUCUGAGGGCUUCACAGAUCAGUUGUAUUUAUUGCACACCAUUGGACUCCAUUUACUAGCAAGGAAACUUUGGAAGGCAAUUGAUUGUACUACACACCUUUCAGAUUUUUUUUGUCUUUAUUUUCUAUAUUUGAAAACCAUCAUGUUUACUUUUGAUUUACAUUAUGCACUACUUUAUUUUAGUAUAUCUCAUAAAAAAACCCAUGAAAUACUGAAUUUUGCGGAUUAAUGAUACAAAAUGCUAAAAACUUAAACGGAUAUGAGUCUUUUUUUUUUUCUUUCUUUUGCAAGGCACUGGUUGUAAAUGGAAAAUUUACCUUGGCAACCUUGCAACAAUAUUACACCAAGGCCACAAAUCAAAAUGUGCCCACCAAGAUGUCACAUGGCCUGAAAUGUGGCUGCUCCAGUACAUUAUAAUUAUACAAGAAAACUUUGCAGUAAUAAUAAUAAUAAAAAAAGUCAUAUAUGUUUUACACAGAUUUCUUUGUAUUAAAUAAAUAUUAGCACAUAUUAUAAUCUCAUAGCCCACAAAAAGAAAACAUAAAGUAUCCUAAAACGAAGAAGAAGGGAAAAAAAAACAACUAAACCUCAGUCAGUUGCAGAAAUACUCCAGCUGGGCUGGCACAGGGGGGAAUUGGUGGGUUUCACCGCUGCUCCCUGUGUAAAAAGUUGGAACUCGUGGGUGUGAAUAAGCUGACACUCGCGGCUGGUUGGAGAGCUGGUGACAAAACGCUCCGGAUUUUAUCGAGAAAACGCCGAGCGGACACUCGCUCUUCGCAGCUCAAAUCCGGCAAAGGAGUUUAUCCUCGGAAGUGCACCGGAGGGACUGUUUCAUUUCAUUUCAUUUCAGUCGGAGGACAAACAGAUCAUUAAUGGUCCGGAUGGUCGCGGAACGGGGUUGAUGUUUUCUUUUUUCUUUCUUUCUUUUUUUUUCUUUUUCCGAGGUCCUGCUGCUGUUUCCUGGAGUCUGAAAGCAGAGAGAAUGACAGAAAAUGUGAAAAAAGGCGCGCCGCAGAGGGCCGAGCGGGACGUGCGUGCAGAGAGGAGCAAUGCCCUAGAUCUGUAGCACAGCUUCUGAGCUCUGCUGUCACCCAGGCUCCUUUUAAAUGCAGCUCUGCGUCCCGCACCUGGAAAACAAAGAGAAGACAAAACAGAUCCAUGCGUAAAAGGAGAGACGUGUGUGCGUUUGCGUCCUAUGCGUUUCCCAACAUUUUUGCACCGAACAUUAUGAGUGUUUUUUCCACACUUAACUCAAGCCCUGGCCUCCCCCCUGACCACACCUGUAUAGAUGCUUUAUAGACUUCCUCAUACUUCAUAUCGGGCCAUGAGUGAUGGCGAUGUCUACAGAGGCUUGCAGUACCACCGGUACGCAGAGCAACACUCGUAAGAAAGGCUUCGGCGCACCGGAUCGCAAUGGGUAUGUGAAAACACGCGUCACCCCGCGGUGCAGCGACCCGGACUGCGAAGCGUGGCUCAGGCUGAUGUUUAACAAACUCUGGAGUUCCCAGAGGGUCCGGAGGGCUGCGUGCGUGGGCUCGCUCUCCGUCUUCCUCGCCGCCCUGGUCAAAUGCGCAGGCUGGACAGCUGAGGCCAGCAGCAGCAGCAGCAGUGCUGACAACACACUCUCGCCCUCACCGUCCCCCCUCCACUUUGUUUCAGACUGCGCAGCCGAGCUGUUGCAAACUUGCUGGAGUGCGCUGUCGUUGCUGUUUGCGCUCGUAUGUGCCUUCUUCUGGGUCGGCGUGUACUUGAUCCACUGCGGGGUGCUGAUCGAGACCCUCCUCUCCCUCCUGACCUUGUGCCACCUGAGCGAAGUCGCGGCGUGGUCUCUUCUGGACGGGACAGAUGAGCAGCUGUUCUUGUCCGCCACAGCGGCCGGGGUUGUGCUCCUUUGCGCGGUCGCGGGAGUACUCAUGGUAGUUCGGCUGAACCAGGGCACAUCGGUGAUCGUUCUCAUCAGCGUGGCCAGGACUAUCUCGCUCCUGUCGCUGCACAAAGUGCGAGCCGCCUGGAGACCGUACGUGGCGUACCUGGUCGGAGUGCUGGGCAUCCUGCUGGCGAGGUAUGCUGACAGGCUCCUGCCUAAACAAGGGACACACAAGGAGGGCUGCACCCCCGUGACAGGAGCCAGGGAAGAGAUUCCUGUAUUUAAAAGGCGCAGGAGGUCCAGUUCAGUUAUAGCCUCAGACAUGGCACACAGUCAGUCCAACAGUAAGUCACACCGACGGACCUCUCUGCCAUGCAUCCAGAGGGACCAGAUGCUCUCCCGUUCAGAAUGGGACCACAAGAGAGGCUCCCGAGGAUCACAGUCCUCCGGCACGACUGUGAUGGUGGACAUAGCGGUGAUGGGAGAGGCCCACGGACUGAUCACGGACCUGCUGGCCGACCCCUCUCUGCCGUCCCACACCUGCACGUCGCUGCGGGCCGUCAGCAGCCUCCUAACCACCCAGCUCACCUUCCAGCCGCUCCACCGGCCACGCCCCGUCCCCCUGCUCAACCCUUGCGAUGCCUACACCUGCUCUGACUCAGAAGAGGGACCCGAGAAAGGGGAGAAGACGUCGAUACACAAGCGUCUCAGGCGGAGUCUCCACCCUGGCCUUCUGAGGAGGAUUUCUUCCACGUGGACGACCACCACCUCAGCCACAGGACUGCCCACCAUCGAGCCUGGGCCGGUUCGAAGGGACCGCAGCUCCAGCAUCAAACCGUACCAUGAAACACUCACAUGCAGCUGUGGGAGGCCGUACAUCAGACUGACCCAUGGAGAGGGCUCUAUAGAUAAGGGAGACAGGACACCUCGAACAGAGGACCCUGUAGUUGUGUCAUCAGACUAUGACAGCACCCACGAAGCCAACCACAGUGACAGCAGUGAUGUAGCACAAACGGAGGAGGACACAGAAAAGGGGAAAAAACCCUCCCAGAACGUCAUCCUCCAUGCACUAAUACCUCCUGAGGACAAGCCCAUUCUGGCACAAGAGCCAUUAGUAAUGGAAGACCUGGAGCCUUUAAUGAGUCAAUUAAAUAAUUGGAACUUUCCUAUUUUCACUCUAAUGGAGAAGACAAAUGGAAAAUGUGGGAGGAUCCUUAGUCAGGUGUCUUACAGGCUCUUUGAGGACACUGGCUUGUUUGAGACCUUUAAGAUCCCCGUUAAAGAGUUCAUGAACUACUUCCACGCUCUGGAGAGCGGCUACAGAGACAUACCAUAUCACAACAGGAUCCACGCCACAGAUGUGCUUCAUGCGGUCUGGUACCUCACCACGCAGCCUGUGCCCGGUCUACCCAGCCUCAUUAACGACCACAGCUCAGCCAGUGACUCAGACUCUGACUCUGGGAUAACACACAGUCACAUGGGCUUCCUGGUUUCAAAGACCUACACUGUGUCAGAAGACGGAUACGGCUGUCUGUCUGGCCUCAUCCCCGCUCUGGAGCUGAUGGCGCUUUACGUAGCUGCUGCGAUGCACGACUACGAUCAUCCUGGGAGAACAAAUGCUUUCCUCGUGGCCACCAGCGCCCCUCAGGCAGUGCUCUACAACGAUCGCUCGGUCCUGGAGAACCACCACGCCGCCUCCGCCUGGAACCUCUUCAUGUCACACCCGGACUACAACUUCCUGGUCAACCUGGACCACGUGGAGUUCAAACGCUUCAGGUUCCUGGUCAUCGAGGCCAUCCUGGCAACGGACCUCAAGAAGCACUUUGACUUCCUGGCUGAGUUCAAUGCCAAGGUGGGCGAUGAUCCGUCAACGGGUAUUGACUGGUCUAAUGAGAACGACAGGUUACUGGUGUGCCAGAUGUGCAUUAAGCUGGCAGACAUCAACGGGCCUUUAAAGUGCAAGGAUCUGCAUCUGCAGUGGACUGAGGGCAUUGUCAACGAGUUCUACGAACAGGGCGAUGAGGAGUCCAGCCUGGGGCUUCCUGUCAGCCCCUUCAUGGACCGAGCAGCGCCGCAGCUGGCCAAGCUUCAGGAAUCGUUCAUCACGCACAUCGUCGGACCGCUCUGCAACUCCUACGACUCGGCUGGCCUCAUACCUGGUCGGUGGGUGGAGCCAGAGCCUGAGGAGGAGGAGCCAGAGAUCGCCGAAAGCGAGGAGGCGGACGAAGACGGAUCCACCUGCUCUGACGCAUCGCAGAAAGCAGCUCCCAAGAAAAGGAGGAAAGUAUUUUGCCAGAUCACACAGCACCUGCUGGAAAAUCACAAGAUGUGGAAGAAGGUGAUAGAAGACGAAUCCCAGAAUGAGGAGCAAGGAACGGAGUCCGCCCAUUUAAACAAAGUCACUGAGCCGAUUCUGGCUAUUGACGAAGAGGAGGAGGAAUCGGGGAGCAGGGAAGAGCCGGGGGAAGGAGAGCAUUGUGAGGAGGAGGAGACGGAGAAAGCAGAGUGGCCCGUCUCUGACAGGGACGACUCUCAGACUCCAGAGGAGGGAGGGGACAGCGAACCACAGUGAAACCUCUAAACUCCAGACGCCCUCAGAUAGAGACGCAGCAUCAGUCAGGAUAAGGAUGUAAAGAAAUGUUCCUUUUGACCUUAUCCUACUGACUCCUGUUUCUGCCAGCACAUUACUUAGACACAACACUGUAGAUGUUUGGGAAACGCGUGCCUACACAGAAAAAAAAGUUAAAAUAAAAUAAAAAAUACAGGGUGGGAAAUCUUGUGCUUUACAUAUUUAACCUGAAUAUGUGGUUUUACCAAACAUUUAUAUGGGUUUUUCUUUUCCCAGAUUGCAAUAAUGCAUUAUUCAUGGACUUUGGGAUACAGACUAUUUUGCUACUGUCAGGAGUCGAAGACAAGCAGCUGCAUAGGUUUUAACAAAGUGUGGUAACACAGGACUGCAGAAAUUUGCUGCCAAUUUAUACAGAAUUAUUUCCCGAAUGUGAUUAUAUAUAAACAUCACCAUCACAUGCUUGUGUUUCGAUUGUAGCUCAUCUUUUUCGGUUUAAACUGUGCUAGUUUAUGUUUUGUUUUUGUUUUUUUUAAAUCUACACAUGGAUUGUAAAGGGACUGAUUCACAUGAGGAAUAAUCUUCCUUUCAACUCUUGACAAAAAUAAUCCCUCACUUCUGGGCUUUAACAGCCAAAGUCAAAUAUUUAUGAAUAUUAUGUUUGAUGUUUAUUGCCAAAUGAGGUACUUAAUGCCGUCAUGUAGAGAUAUGUCUCAGAAACGCAGAGACGGCUCUGAACUGUCUCUAAGCGUCUGCAUUUGUGUGUCCCUCAGUUUUUACUCUAAUGUACACAUUUUUUCUCCAUAAGGCACAAGGAAGAAGAAAAAGAAAGUCAGAUUAUCGCAUUUUUAAACUACAGUAAACCUGAUGUCGAAGACACAACUGUUUUACAGCAUUGCCUAUCAAAAGUAUUCAUACGCCUUUAUCUGUUUCCUACCACAAUGACAAACUCAAAGUUAAACUUUAAUCAAAUGUGCAAAACACUAUUUGUGAGAGAAAAAUAAUGCUGCAAUGCCAGCCUGAACCCCGUUCACACAGUGCGACAAAUAGCGGUUGCAGGAUCAUGAUGAGGGACAUUUUAUUCCUCCAUUAGUUAAGGAAGUCAUGAAAAGAUGGAUAGAAAAGCAGUAUUCUCUAGAUUGGGGCUAAGCUGUCACAAUUUAGCCAGAGCUGGACUGAAAUGGUUGAACUCAAACACAUCUGGACCAAAAAUCCAAAGAGAAUAUCUGACAAGACUCAAACGUUGCUGUUCUCAGAUGUUCUGACGGAGGAAGAGGAAUUGGAAAAGGAGAUUCUGCAAAACAUGGACUGGGUUUCAAUACAAGUUUUCUCAUUUUUAAUUACGCAAAACAAAAAAAAAAAAAAGAUCUGUGAAAUUUGUGGCCAUAAUUAUUAGAUUAUAUCUUAAUCAUAGAAAAAAUACUGUCCAAUUCAACACAGUGCUGAAAACAACACAGUACUUAUAUGCCAAUAAAAACAUUUUUUACAG